GUUCUUAUUAUCUGGCAGAAAGGAAAACAGUAGAGAUUCAAUUUAGUGUCUAAUGUGGAGAGGAGAGGACAAAGAGGGCUUGUGAUAACUGCCUGUGAUAAUACAUUUCUUGAGAAGCCAUAUUAUUGGUUUCCAUCUACCUUGUGAAGAAUUCCUGGAGCCAGUGCAGGAGUGCCAAUCUCAGUGUGUUAGUGAUAGUCCUGCAACCAGGAAGCCAAUGAUAGAAUUGUCUUUCUGUUCCUUUGGGAAGGCCUAGGUUGGCUCCAAGAGAUUUCAGCACUAAAUCCUGGAGAAAUGGCUUUUAUGGGUGUGGAUACCAGAUGCCUGGGUCUCUUUCUUCUUUGCACAAUAAUUGGACAUUCUUUGGAGAUAAAAGUUAAUCCUCCUCAGGAUUUUGAAAUAAUGGAUCCCGGAUUACUAGGUUAUCUCUAUUUGCAAUGGAAACCUCCUGUGCUUAUGGAAAACUUUAAGGAAUGCACAUUGGAAUAUGAGUUAAAAUACCGAAAUGUUGACAGUGACAAUUGGAAGACCAUCAUUACUAGGAAUUUAAUUUACAAGGAUGGGUUUGAUCUUAACAAAGGCAUCGAAGGAAAGAUACGUACACAUUUGUCAGCUCAGUGUACAAAUGGAUCAGAAGUUCAAAGUUCAUGGAUGGAAGCUUCCUAUGGGAUAUCAGAUGCAGGAAGUCUGGAAACUAAAAUUCAGGAUAUGAAGUGUAUAUAUUAUAACUGGCAGUAUUUGGUUUGCUCUUGGAGGCCUGGCAAGGUAGCACAUUCUGAUACCAACUAUACUAUGUUUUUCUGGUAUGAAGGCUUGGAUCAUGCCUUGCAGUGUUCCAAUUAUCUCCGAGAUAAUGAAAAAAAUGUUGGAUGCAAACUUUCCAACUUGGAGUCAUCGGACUAUAAAGACUUUUUUAUCUGUGUUAAUGGAUCCUCAAACAUGGAACCUGUCAGAUCCAGCUAUACCGUUUUUCAACUUCAAAAUAUAGUUAAACCGUUGCCACCAGAAUUCCUUCAUAUCAGCGUGGAGAAUCCCACUGAGAUGAGAAUGAAAUGGAGCACACCUGGAGGGCCCAUUCCACCGAGGUGUUACACUUACGAACUGGUGGUCCGAGAAGACGGGAUUUCCCGGGAGUCUGCUACAGAUAAAAAUGACAUGAAGUUGAAAAAGACAGCAAAUGAUAGUGAAGAACUGUGCUUUUUUGUAAGAAGCAAAGUCAAUAUAUAUUGCGCAGAUGAUGGAAUUUGGAGUGAAUGGAGUGAAGAGGAAUGCUGGGAAGGUUUCUCGGGGCCAGACUCAAAGAUUGUUUUCUUAGUACCAAUUUGUCUUUUCUUUGUAUUCCUUUUAUUACUUCUCUGCCUGAUUGUGGAGAAGGAAGAACCUGAACCAUCAUUGAAGGAAGAACCUGAACCGACAUUGGUAAGUUGUUUAAGGUUAUAUGAUGUCUUUAAACAGCAGACCCACAAAAAUAAUGCAUUCAGAACUCAUGGACCUGCAUUUUAUACUUUUGCCUGCUCACUAUGAGGUACCAUUGAUACUAGUACCAAUGUACCAAAUUUGAUACGAAAGCCACAUUUAGGGGAGUCGUGGUUAAUUUUGUCAAAAUGGAAGGAAAAUCUACUAGAACAUGAAAUGUUACAGAUCUGUAGAUUAGAAAACAGUCCAGGGCUUGAACUCCAAGAGACAAACAGGAUCGGGAGGUGAUAGGAACUUGAAACAGCUGGUCACACACAUUUCCAGCGAAAACAAGGAGGAAUAAAUGUAUUCGUACUUACCGUUCAGCUUACCUUCUCCAUUCUUACACAGUUUAGGAUACAAGUCAAGGUAACCGUGCCACUCAAAAUGGGAUGGGUCUUCUUUCCAUGUCAGUUAAUGGAAUUAAGAUAAUCUCUCACAAAUGUGAGCACAGGUCAACCUGACCUGGAAAAUGUCUCAUUGAGAUCUCCUUCCCAGAUGAUUUGAAGUUGUGUCAAGCUGAUGCUUAAAACCAACUAUGAUGUAGACUUUAAGGAAAAAUUGUGUUUGGAGAAAAAGAUCUUUAUACUGUGUGUUGUAAAGAUAGAACUGGUGAUACGCAGGUGAUAUGUUUCACUUCUCUGCUUGUUAUAUUCUGAGUUGUUAAUAUUAG